CACUUUCUCUGUAUCAAUCAGCUCAUGCGUAUUCUUAGCUUCGUCCUAGAUUUCUUAUGAAGCAGGAGCCUUAGAGGAUCGUGGAUCAAAUGAAGAUUCAUGUGAAGCAAGCUACGAUCGUGAAGCCAGCUGAGGAAACACCUGUACACAAUCUAUGGCUUUCCAAUUUAGACCUGAUACAAGUGAGGUUUCACAUGGGCAUCCUCUACUUUUACAAUUCUUCCCCCUCUUUCACUCUCCCCAACACUCAAUCCCUCAUCGAUGCUCUGAGAAAGGUUCUUGUCCUCUUCUAUCCUGCCGCUGGGAGGCUACAAAAGAAUAAGAAUGGGAGGCUGGAGGUUCUAUGCAAUGGAGAAGGAGUGUUGCUUGUGGAGGCUGAGACUGAUUCUACUCUACAAGACAUUGGCUUAUUCAAUCAAAGUUUGGAUCUCUCUCAGCUUAUGCCUACUCUUGACUACUCAGGAGACAUCUCCUCUGUACCUCUUAUUCUCUUACAGGUUACAUACUUCAAAUGUGGAGCCAUCUGUAUUGGAAACUCAAUACACCAUACGUUCGGAGACGCUGGCUCUCUUGUAUGUUUCAUGGAAGCAUGGUCCAGAACAGCUCGGGGACUUCCAGUUAAGGUAUCUCCGUUCUUCGACCGCACAAUUCUCCGUGCGCGAGACCCUCCUUCCCCUGUGUUUCCACACACUGAAUACAAACCGCCUCCGUUCCACAACCCUCCCGUGGAAUCCCUGGCUUACAGAUCAAAUCCUGACUCUGAUUCUGGAGUUGUCAGUCUCAAGCUCACACGUCUCCAAGUGAAAGCUCUUAGAGCCAAGGCAGAGGUUGCUGAUAGUAUGUUUAGUACUUAUGAGCUUCUGGUGGCUCAUAUCUGGCGUUGUGCUUGCUUUGCAAACGAAGAUUUAGGAGAAGAGCACUUGACGAGGCUGCAUAUAAUAAUUGAUGGGAGGUCAAGACUACAACCGAAGCUUCCACAAGGAUACAUUGGGAACACUCUCUUCCACGCUCGUCCCAUAUCCUUGCUUGGUGAGUUUCGCAGAGAGCCUUUCAGCACAACAGUGAAGAGAGUUCAUGAAGAGAUAAAGAAAAUGGACAACGAGUACUUGAGAUCAGCUAUUGACUCCUUAGAGACACAUCCUGAUCUUGAUCAGCUGGUUCCUGGUGAAGGGAAUCCGAUCUUCAGCUGUGCAGCAAACUUCUGCAUUGUGGGUCUACCCAAGCAGACGGUUUACGAAUUGGACUUUGGAUGGGGAAGGCCUUUCUUCAAGAGAACUUCACAUAUGAACGAAGGGAAAGGUUUUGUGGGUAUGAGCUUAGACGAAGAAGGAAGCUUUAUUGUGUUCAUGUGCUUAAAGAAGACUCAGCUUGGUAAGUUUCAGAAGCUCUUCUUUGAGUUUCUCAAUGUAUCUGCGUUGUGACAAUCCCAAACUUUUGGACUCAGUUGUGUUUGUGUGUUUAAAGAAGGAAGCUUUCUUGUGUUCA